GUUUGGAUUCGAUCACCAACAAAACCGUUUUGAGAAAUACUUUGCUUGUUGCCAAAACACAAAAACAAAAGUGUUUCCAAAAAUUCCAUUGGAGCACCGGAUCUGUCUCUGAGUGGCGUAAAUUCGUCGUUCCUAAAUCACACUGAAAACAGAGUCAAUCUUGACAUGAAAACCCCCCACCAAAAUGUCGGAGACGCAUCCAAAAUGUUCUCUGGAAACGAAACGACACCGUAUCAGCAAAAGCGGAAAACACAGCGUGCCAGAACCAGAGCAAGAGGAUGAUGAUGAUGAAGGGGGGGAAGAAGAACAGCAACAGAAUGAAAGGAGAAGGAGAAGAAGCAAAAGCAGAAGCCGAAGCGGAGGAGGAAAGACAAGGACGGCAUCGUCCAAGGACCCUCAGGUGCGUCUGGCAAUCUACGUGGCCAUGUCGCAUGCAGGGUUGGUUCUCUCUCUGGCUCUUCUCUUUGGGUUGGCGAAGCUUCUACAAGGCUACUGGCGCCCAAUUCAAUGGGCAAUCCUCUGUUCCGUGCCCUUACGCGAGGUCCAGAGGGCCCUUGUGUCCUUCUGGUCUCACCCUCUCAAUCUGGGCCUCUUCGAGACUUUCAUGGCCAUUCCCAUUGCCGUCCUCCGCGCCACAACCGGCUCUCUCAUCGACUCCCAGGCCGCCCUCCUUCGCCUCUUCCGCAACCGCUCCCCGCCUCGCCGCCGUAAUGGGAAGGUCGGGUUCUUCAAGCUCAUGGAAUGGCUCGUCUCCUUCGGCCUCUUUGUCAUUGUCCACGAACGCAUUGGCCUAGCCUCUGUUCCUGCCAUUGCCAUACCUUGCUUUUUGGUGUACGUCACUGGUCGUGGAAAUCUAUUCACCUAUGGAGUCGCUCGGACUCUCUCUUCAAUUUCAUCUGUUCGGCGCGGCAAUAGAAGUUUUUCCAAUGAAAAUAGAUCCAUGUGGAGUAAAAUCAGCCGGUAUAUUACUUCAAGAAUGCGUGAGAAAUUGAAGAUAAUUGCUGCAGUUGGACUCAUCACCUUCAUGAUUAUUGGGUCACUAUUUGGACUUGUGUUGUUUUCUUAUAAGAUUGGGAUUGAGGGGAAAGACGCAGUCAUUUCGCUGAAGGCCCAUUUGGAGGAAAGCAAUUAUGCGGAGAGAAUUGGACUCAAAAGGUGGAUGGAUGAGAAUCAAGUUCCAGAAUUGAUAGAUACUUAUACAGAAAAAUUUUAUGCAACUGUGUCCGAAAAUAUCGAUUCUUUAGCUUCAUAUUACAAUGUGACUGAGUUCGUUGAUGGUGUGCGGCGUUUUAUCAUUAGACCUUUGAGGAGUCCCCAUGGUUCUAGUGUUCCUGAAGAAGUUCGGUACGGGCCCUUGUCCGAGAAGCUGUCUUUAAUUCAGUCAGGGGUAUGGAACAGAGAGUGGAAAGUGAUUUAUAGGGAUAUCGAUGGUGUGUUCAGGGAAUUCGUGUCGGUGAUUGCUUGGGAGGACUUGAUGGAGAAGACGAAAGCAUUUCUUCUUCAGAGUUUAGAUGUCUCGAAACAGGUACUCGCUAGUGGUACUAUGGUUUUAACUGGAGGUGCCAACAUGUUAUUCUCAAUGGCGGUUUUGAUUGUUUCUGGGGCAGCAGAGUUGUUGAAUUUCAUUUCCCAGCUGAUGGUGUUUCUCUGGCUUUUAUAUUAUCUAAUCACUACAGAUUCUGGGGGUGUUAUGGACCAUGUUCUGGGUAUGUUGCCUCUUUCAAAAUCUACCCGGGAUCGAUGUGCCCAAGUUCUUGAUAAUGCUGUUAGUAGUGUUCUGUUGGCUUCUGCUAAGGUUGCAUUGUUUCAAGGGUGUUUCACAUAUCUUUUGUUUAGAUUCUACUGCAUUCAUUUCCUGUACAUGUCUACCUUCCUUGCUGUUAUGAGCUCGGUUUUGCCCAUAACCCCUGCUUGGCUAUCAUCAAUACCAGCAGCAGCACAGCUGGCUAUGGAAGCAAAAUAUAUUGAAGCUAUUUCUUUGACAGCAAUCCAUCUCAUACUUUUGGAUUAUGGCACAACUGCUAUCCAAGAUGAGAUACCCGGGCAGAAUGCAUACUUGACAGGGCUUAGCAUACUUGGUGGCAUUGCUCUUUUCCCCUCUGUUUUGGAAGGAGCAAUCAUGGGUCCUUUAUUGAUGACAGUGAUGAUCGCCUUGAAAAAUUUGUAUGUGGAAUUCGUCCUAGCCUCUGAUCUGCCAACAAAUCAAUCUAGCAACCCAACUUUAUGAUGAAGAAUUUGGUCUGUCUUGAAUUUGUGGAAGAGUACUUCUGGUUCCUUUUCUUGCAUGUGAUAGUUAUUUGUUAAUUUAGCUUAUUAUUUAUGCUUUUUUUUUCAUAGUCUUGACAGAUCCAGCUUGACAUUUCAUUAUUCUGUCAUCUAAGCUUGUGAUCUUUGCAAUUGUUCUCAAUCUGAGCCCUGCACACCAUUACUUCUACAUUGCUUUCCCUGUUAUAUUUUACUGUCUCUUUGGUUAAUUUAAUCAGUGCUUUGAGCUGUA